CGACCGACCAACCAAUCGACAUCUAACCAACAGUCAACCAAACGAACAACCAACCAUUCAUUCAUCCGUUCAUCCACCCAACAAUAAACAAAUAAAAGCGAAGUUACAUAGCUGGCCACGAAUUCAUAAGCAAUUAGUUUGAGAAUUACUGUUAAGCGCUACGGAACAAUAGAAAAUUUUCAAACGGAAAACGGAAUCCUCAAAAAAGAAAAAAGAAAUUUUAAAUUAUUAAAAUUUUUUUCAAAUCAAAUCACCCACUACAGCAAAUGUGAUUGUGAAACCAAAAAAAUAAAAUAAAUAAAUAAAAUAUAAACACAUUGGAGAUAUCAAUUUAUUAUUAUUGUUGUUUGUUUUUUUUAUAAUAAUUCAAAACGAUAAUACGUUAAAGUGUGUGCACUGAAUUCACAAUCAAGUGUUAUUUGCAAUAAUAAUAAAAAAUAUCAGUGUAAACAUUUCAGAUUAACGUCUCAUAUUCUUGAAAAUUGAGAGCACUGAAAUCGUGAUAAGACGCUCUGUUGACUUAAUUCAAUAUCUUGGCGUUAAAUAACUGUUAUUGUCUCCAUUUAUUUAAUCGCACACGUUAACGUUACCAAGCCAACGAAAAUGACCGCUAAAAAUAUUCCUCGUCGCCAGGCUAUCCCCAUCCUGUAUACCCGUGGCACCCACUAUGAUGUGGGUUUCGAUAUGGGUCGCACAUUUGCCUCAAUGAUAAAGAACUUUUUACUGCUCUCCGGCCCUUUGAAUGACGUCUAUUUGCCAUUGUAUGCCACCGAGAAGGGAAAAAAUGCAUACAACGAAACACUGGAGACGGUUAAGAAUUCAUUCCCCCAAUACAUUCGAGAAUUGGAGGGUGUGGCUGAGGGUGCUCAAGUUGAAUUUCAUAAGCUCUUCUUAUUGCACAUGGAUGACAUUCUGCCACAGAGUGUUAAACAUUUGAAUACCAUCAAAAAACAGCCCGUGGGAUGUUCUACCAUUAUUGUGAACAAUGAUAAGGAGAGAGUAUUGGGCCAUACCGAAGAUGCCUUGACUGAAACCUUAAAUCACUACUAUUUUGUUGUGGCACACAUCAUUAAUGACACACCACAAGGAAAGUACAACGUCAAGGAAGAACGUUUUAUGUCGCUAUGCUAUGCCGGUCAUCUGCCAGGUUACACCAUGAAUUACAAUCAUCAUGGUUUGGUAUUUUCCAUUAACACCCUAUCGGCUGAGGUGUUGCGAAGUGGCAAGACACCAAGACACUUCCUUACCCGUGCCCUUUUGAGUGCCGAUAGUACCGAUCAGGCCAUGAAAAUUAUUCGGGAUGCUGGUGUGGGUGCCGGUGAUGGUUGUUCCAUUAAUAUGUGUUUCAUAAAUGAUCCUUCCAAUCUGUGCUAUAACAUUGAAAUGGCUCCCACUGAGGGCAACAGCAAAGAAUCGACACUGAAUAUUCGUAAAAUUGAGACUGGCGAUCAUAGCUAUCACGCUAAUAAAUACGAACGCAUCGAAAUCGAACAGGCCAAUCAAACUAUGAUCGAUUCCAGUGUAUCGCGUAUGAACACUUUCGCCACCUAUGAACCGGCCAAAUCGAAACAGGACAUUAUCACCAUGUUGGGCGAUUGCUCGGGUGGCGAACAUUGUGUGUUCCGUGAAAAUGGUUCGAUGAAUCAAGAGGUGAAGACAAUUGCCAUUGGUAUUUUUGAUUUGAAUGAACGGACCGUCGCCCUCUAUUCGGAUAAUCCACGUAACAAUGAACCCCACGCCGUCUUGCCAAUGAUUUUGAAGGACAAUUAAGGAAAGAGAGAUAGAAAAACGACGUAUAUGCCUUAAGACUUAUUGCCGUCAACAUGUAUUUAAAAAAAGAGAAUAUUAAUACUAAUAAUAAUAAUACUAAAUAAGAAAAACGCUUUAUGUUAAAGAACAGAAAAAUAUAUAUAAACAUAAAUUUAUUUGUUGUUGCAAUUUAAA